UGUGUUCUGUGGGUGUAAUGUUUACGUGACGCCAGCACGGAAAACCCCUUUAUUGAGUCACUUUGGAAGCUGGAAUUUACCGAAAGAAUCGUGUAGACUGGAAUGUGAAUGGAUGUGUUUUGAUGUUGACCGUGCAAUGUUUGUGCAGUUUGUGCUAUACUGUGGCUCAAUCAAUUUUGGUGCGGUGUUAGUGGAUGACUCCCAAUGUCCUAAGCAGAUGACGGCAAAAAAAAGCUAAUCCUAAACAUAUGGCAUUAUCUGUAGACAUAUUUUGACACAAUCCUUCGCCGUAGAACGCGCCAAAAGGCGGCAAAACGUAAAUAAAACAUCGCACAACAGCAGCUUUUAAUAUUUCACACGAUGAGCAGCACCAAUGCGGCGAAGAAAAGCGUGAAGAAAAACCACGCACCGGAGCAGGUGUCGGUGAGUGAAGAUACGGACAGUUCGGUUGAUGAAACGGUCUCGUCGGGAGUGGAUAAUGAAUCAAAACACAAGCAAGCAGUUUCCGGCAGUACCAGUGUGCGUCGAUCGUUGCGAAUUACGUCUCCGAAUGUGCGCUACUCGAAGGACUACGUGACGAGCGAAAGGACACCGAAGCGGCGUGAGGUUAGAGCGGUUAGUUCGACCGACAGCGAGGAUGAUUCAAUCCCAUCAUCGACGGGUGACGAGAACGGGGACCAUGAGGACAGUUUGGAGAUGCUGAACAAUAAGGUUGCGGCAACAACGUUGUUCGAAGCGCAGAAGGAUGUGCCCGGGACCGGUCUCUACGGUUUCCAGACGCCCAAGAAACGAGGAUCGAUGAGCGCACUGGCCCAAGCAUGCAGCGCUACCCGUACGCCACGCUCGCCCGGAUGCUUCAAUCCGGUUCCGAAGACGCCGAUGCAUUUGCGCAAGCAGAACAAGAAAGAUUUGUCGAAAGCACUGCAAGCUUCUUUAAGGGAAGAUUUCUCCGCCAGUGAGAGCGAUUUCGAACCAUCCGAUGAGGAGGAUAAUUCGGAAGCGAGCGAGGAUGAGGAGGAGGAAGAGGAGGAUGCGGCUACCGACUCUUCCAGUGAUGAGCAUUCGGCAAAGGGACGCUUCCCUUCUGCUGGGCGUAAUGCUGUGCCACUAACGCCGAAGGUUCCGGUUCCGGUCAAGCCACAACCAUCCACCAGCGGAAGCCAAACGCCAGCCAGAACACGCACCACGCGAACCAAAGCGACCAGAACCACUGCCAACGAGCAGUACUUCGUCGAAAGCGACAACUACUUCUCGGCGUACAGCAACACCAAAACCGUCACGUCGGACCACACGCUCGACCGGCUCGGUACGCCUCGACUAGCGCCGGAUGUAUUGCACCGGUUGCUGCAGGAAACCAAUGCUUCCAGCGAACAUGCCGCCGCCAUACAGGAGAUGCUAACCGAUCACGAACAGCACUUUGAGCGUUGGCUGUUUCUGCUGAACGAAGGCUUUAGCGUGCUACUGUACGGACUUGGUUCGAAACGUUCGCUGCUGCAAUCGUUUCACCAUAGGGUGUUGGCUGACCGGCCAGCCGUAGUAAUCAACGGAUUCUUCCCGGCACUGACCGUGAAGGAUGUGCUGGACGCGGUGGCAAACGAUUUGCUCGAUCUGCAGCUGCAAACGGCCGUCCACCAUGAAACGAUCGAUGAGAUCGAGCUCGAGCUGUCGCUACAACCGGACCUGCACAUAUUUCUGCUCGUGCACAAUCUCGACGGUGCGGCAAUGCGGAACGGGCGCAUGCAGUCCACGUUAAGCCGGCUGGCUAGCAUCCCGAACCUGCACCUUAUCGCCACCGUCGAUCACAUCAAUGCUCCGCUGCUCUGGGACGCCUCGAAGCUCGGGCUGUACAACUUUUGCUGGUGGGACGUCACCACCAUGCUGCCGUACAGCGUCGAGACGGCGUUCGAGAACUCCCUGCUGGUGCAGGGCGGUGGUGCGUUGGCCCUAUCGUCGAUGAGCAGCGUGUACGCGUCGCUUACGGCCAACGCCCGAGGCAUCUUUAUGGUGAUCGUGAAGUAUCAGCUAGCCAACAGUGGACCCACCAACCCGAACUAUGCCGGGAUGCAGUUUAAGGAUCUGUACUGGUCCUGCCGGGAAGCGUUCUACGUUAGCAGCGAUAUUGCGCUGAGGGCUCAGCUGACCGAGUUUACCGAUCAUAAGCUGCUGCGGAUCAAGCGCUCGUUGGACGGGUCGGAAUACCUAACGAUUCCAAUCGAGCACGGUUUGCUGAAGAAGUUCGUCGAUGAAACGGCGAUGAAGUUGUAGAAGGUAUUGCCUGUUUUUAGUAUCUAGAUUUCCUACACGCUCAUUCAUUGUGUUUCUUUGUUUUUAUCCAAACCCAGUGCUCAUCAAUUUAUUUCUAUCAGUGUAAUAAAACAAACAUUUUCUACAAAUUUAAUAACAUUCGGUAGACUCAACAAA